AUGAUUUUAAAUUCUCUUAUUGCUAUUACGAUUAUUAUUAUUAAAGUUUCUUUAAAAAAAACCUUUUCUUGUUUUCUAUUGUUCUACAGUGUUGGGCACAUCACCAAGAUAUCCGACGCCUAUAGGCGCUUCUCUUCUUCUCCUUUAUGUUUGUUUUGUUCAUGCGUACGUCUUUGUCUCUUUAUGCUUUGCGUCUUGCUUCGCCCUUUGGCGGUCAGCUUUUGCCAAACAAGAGGGGCAGCAAUGCUCUUUAAAAAGGGGAAAGAGAGAAGCAGAAAUCGCUGA